CGAUCUGUUUGAUUGUAACGACUUUGCUACACAAUUUAAACCCGUGACAUUCACAAGAAACGGACUCUUGAACUUGGUACUAUAGUAACGUAACAUUAGGCUGAAUCAGUUCUGGUCUCCGGGUACAAGAAGUAAACGCAUCAGAAGCAAAAUCUUUAGCAUUUUCAGCUUAAAUUGAUAAUUUUCUCGCGUAUCACUGUAACUUACAAGUAAAAAGUAGUGCGAAUAGUAGCACGAUGGACACACAGGAUCUGGAACUUACCAUCUCUGCCGAAGAGAUAUGCCGCACCUGUCUGGCUGCGGUCGAUCGAACGCAGCUUAAACCGAUAUUUUGUAAUGAAAUUUUGGAUGGGCGCAUCGUACCGUUCCCCAGCGUGGUGGAAUUGGUUAUCGGAGAAAAGCUUGUUAAACAUGACAAACUUCCAAACAAUGUUUGCCCGGAAUGUAAAGGAAAGCUUCGGGAGCUUUAUCUUUUUAUUGGCAACGCGCAAAAAUCGAACAAACUGCUGUAUGAAAUAUUCAACAUUAAACCAUCGAGUGCUGUAAGUACGAAGAAAACGGAGACCAAACAUGCUGAGAGUCAAACGGAACCAUUGGCAGAAUCGAGCAACAACAUCCCGGCGGGUGUUACAAUUCCAAAGCCUGAAACACUGCACGAGAUCGGUACACAAUGCGAUAACGAGACCGCCGAAACAGCAUGCCAAACGGAUGCGCUAGAGGAAUCGGAGAAGCUAGACGUUCAUGAAGAUACAAUCACUCCUACAAAUUCCACGGAAUAUCAAGAAAACGAACUUCUUCGCGAAAGUCCCAUCGAAUGCACAUUAAUGAACUUUGAUGUACCGGACGAUGAUGACGAUGCUGAAGAGAACAAGUAUGAAAUGGUGCUGCUAGCGAAUGAAUCUAAUGAGGAAGAAUGUUUCACACUGCGUCCUGUAAAGACGGAUCACAAAAAGAAAUUGAUCAUCGAAACUGUUCCAAGCAAGGAGCCGAACACUUCGAAACAAAACGAUCUUUUGUCAACGGUUGCCAUCAAUUCUGUGCAAAAAAAAGUUUCACGCCGAUCAAAGAACGAACAAGCGUAUUGCACCUACUGCAACUGGAAUGGUCGUCCAGCAAUGCUGGAACAGCAUUUUCAGGUGCACAAAGCAACAUUUGAGCUGUGCCUGGAGUCGAUAGAUUACUUCCGAUGCUCCGACUGUUUAACGGUGUUUUUAACUCAAAUGCACUUUAUUGAACACUUUGGCACUGAAUGCAAUGGUGCACCGUAUGAAGAGUACGUAUACCACUCGGAUCUCCGAAGGCAUGAAACGUUUUACCUGAACGGUCUGGACAUAUGUGUACCAAGGUUGAAAACAUUCAAAAAAAUUUCUAACAAAUAUCAAUGCGGCCGGUGCGUGAAGUGUACGACGAACGGUUUCGAUGCAAUGCGCCAACACUUUCUGACCCACGAGGCAGAGGACGAUAAAACCGACGAUGUCCAUUUGCUGUGGAAAAAUAAUCGUCUCGACCAGAUACACGUGUGUGGUAUAUGCAAUGCUCAGUUUCCGGAUGCAACCUACAUACGGCAACAUCUAUACUUCCAUCAGGAUUCGUUCAUCUGCAUUUACGAUUGUGGAAUGAUCUUCACCAGCUUUCUGCGCAUGACCAGCCACUUUGAACGAAAACAUAUGCAGGACCGCAAAAUUGCGGAAACCAGCAUCGCCGAAGAGGCUAAAGCGCAGGAAGAAACAUAUCAGUGCACACAAUGCGAAAAAACGCUCCCCAGUGCCAACUCAUUGAAGACCCAUCUAAGUAACCAUUAUCGCUCGCGUAAAUAUGUUUGCACGGAGUGCAAUAAAGGUUUCGGGCAGAAAAGUGAUCUUACCAACCAUUGCCGCAUCCACACGGACGAUCGUCCGUACGAGUGUAAGCUGUGUGAUAAGAAAUUUCGCACCAGCAGCCACCUUCGUGACCAUACGUCUACGCACGAAGAUGUUAAUAAAUUCGAGUGCAAUGUAUGCCACAAGAUGUUCAAAGCGAAACGUAUCCUUGCCGGGCACCUACGGUUGCACACUGGCGAGAAGCCGUAUCAAUGCAAACUAUGUAACAAAACCUUCGCACGCAAGCAGCACCUCAUAACGCACCAAAAAAUACACUUUAAACCUCGCAGUUCCGGUACAACCGCUAAACUUGAAAAACGAACAAAACGAUCCCCGUGAAGCGGUAGAAACUUCAUUUAACCUUUUUCAA